CAUGGACAUUAUGAUAGUCAAAUUACUCCUGCUCUCACUGGCGUAUGUCAGCGGUCAAUAUCGCUACAAAUGCCCGGCGAUAGGUCACCACCUAUUACCACAUGAAACGGAUUGCUCCAAGUUCUAUUACUGCGAGUAUGGCGUGAGGCGUAACGAUGCGAGACAGUGUCCGGCAAGGACUCUUUUCUCUUAUGAAAAGCAGAUUUGCGAUCACGCGCAUAACGUCAAAUGCAACACUGGUCCCACUCAUCCUUGCACUGAAGAACCAGUUUGCGAUUGCUCAAAUCAACCAAUAUUACCCAAUGGAUGUCCUUGUGACCACAGCAUUCAAUUGCUAUUGCGUCAUGAAUCUGAUUGUGGGAAAUUCUAUCAAUGUCAUAAAGGCAAGAGGGUCCUAAGAGAGUGUGCUUCUGGGACUCACUUUAAUGCCAAAUUGCAGAUGUGCGAUCAUCCUUCCAAAGCUGGCUGCGACCCUUCUUGUGUUACCACUACUACUACCACUACAACUACUGAGAAACCAGCUUGCGAUUGCUCCAAUCAACCAAUUUUGCCCAAUGGAUGUCCUUGUGACCACAGCAUUCAAUUGCUAUUGCGUCAUGAAUCUGAUUGUGAGAAAUUCUAUCAAUGUGAUAAAGGCGAGAGGGUCUUAAGAGAGUGUGCCCCUGGGACUCACUUCAAUGCUAAACUUCAGGUAUGCGAUCAUCCUUCUAAAGCUGGCUGCGACCCUUCUUGUGUUACCACUACUACUACCACUACAACUACUGAGAAACCAGCUUGCGAUUGCUCCAAUCAACCAAUAUUGCCCAAUGGAUGCCCUUGUGACCACAGCAUUCACUUGCUAUUGCGCCAUGAAUCUGAUUGUGAGAAAUUCUAUCAAUGUGAUAAAGGCGAGAGGGUCUUAAGAGAGUGUGCCCCUGGGACUCACUUCAAUGCUAAACUUCAGGUAUGCGAUCAUCCUUCUAAAGCUGGCUGCGACCCUUCUUGUGUUACCACUACUACUACCACUACAACUACUGAGAAACCAGCUUGCGAUUGCUCCAAUCAACCAAUAUUGCCCAAUGGAUGCCCUUGUGACCACAGCAUUCACUUGCUAUUGCGUCAUGAAUCUGAUUGUGAGAAAUUCUAUCAAUGUGAUAAGGGCGAGAGGGUCUUAAGACAGUGUGCCCCUGGAACACACUUCAAUGCCAAAUUGCAGGUAUGCGAUCACCCUUCUAAAGCUGGCUGCGAUCCUUCUUGUGUUACCACUACUACUACCACUACAACUACUGAGAAACCAGCUUGCGAUUGCUCCAAUCAACCAAUAUUGCCCAAUGGAUGCCCUUGUGACCAUAGCAUACGGUUGCUGUUACCUCAUGAAUCUGACUGUGCUAGAUUCUAUGAGUGUGAUCAGGGAGAGAGAGUCUUAAAAGAAUGUGCAUAUGGGAAUCACUUUAAUGCUAAAUUGCAGAUUUGCGAGCACCCCUCAAAGGCUGGUUGUGACCCGUGCAUAGUUUCUAACAAAUGUGUAGGAUGUCAUGUUCCACACUGGGCCCACGAGACUGAAUGUGACAAGUUCUACAGUUGUUCCAAUGGCAAGGAGGUGCUACACACCUGUCCUGCCGGUCUUAAUUUCAACGAGGCUCUGCAGACAUGCGAUUUUACUUGCAACGUCAGUUGUAGGAAUAGAUCUAGGUUGUUUUUCUUAGACUUUACACGUAAACGGCGUUAAUAUGUAUGAUGUCGAUGUCUUUGCUGUACUUUUCAUAUUAAUUUUUGCGUAACAAAAAAUAUAUUAUUAGACACAGGCUUUAUGGGCUAGUAAAGGCUUUUAAAACCGCUCCUUUUACUGGUAUUAAUCAUUUCAAGAAACAUUACUUAUUAUUUUUUUCACCUCACCUUUGGUGAGAUUUAGCAUAAAAUUUAUAGUCACUGCUGAAAUCGAAAACGUUUUUGACGGGCGUCCUACUAUCUUUGAAUAACCUUCGUCGGGAGGAAACCUGCUAGCCUUAAACCCAAUACGACGAUGUAUCAGGCACAGGAGACGGAUCACCUACUAGCCUAUUAGAGUUAUUAUUAUGAAAUAGAAACAUAAGUCUGUGACCCUAACCUAAAAAGGUUGUAGUGCCACUAAUUUAUUUUUUCACGAAGAAGGUAUACAAAGGUACUUCAAAAGGGUUGAGAUAAUUUUGAGAAGGUUGAGAUCUACACCCCGUGUGUGAAAUGUUCGAUGACAUUAAUAUAAUUGUCAAAUAAUAAAUAAUGCAUGUUAAAAGUCCUAACUAAAUGUCAAAGUAUAGUAACUACGUAGUUAAAAGGUAAUAUUAGUUUUAAAAUAGUGCUUCAAGUCGCGUGAAAUAAAUAUUAUAAAAAGACAAAUGAUUACACUCUAGAAUUUAUGAUGAAUUCGUAAUUUUUCUAUUAAUAACAUGUUUAAUUUUAAGGGAUGCAAGUGAAAAAUAAAAAAAAAGCAA